AUGAGGAAGGAUGCAGUCUUUGAUUGGGACCAGUCAUGCCAAAAUGCAUUUGAUAGCAUAAAGAAGUAUCUGCUCAACCCUCCAGUCUUAAGUGCGCCUGCAGCUGGAAAACCAUUAAUAUUGUAUAUUGCGGCUCAAGAGACUUCGCUUGGGGCAUUAAUUGCACAAGAAAAUGAUAAGGGUAAGGAAUGUGCACUCUACUAUCUAACUAGAACUCUGUCAGGAGCUGAAUUAAAUUAUUCUCCAAUUGAGAAAAUGUGUCUCGCCCUCUUCUUUGCAAUAGAUAAACUGAGACAUUAUAUGCAAGCCUUCACUAUACAUUUGGUGGAAAAAACUGAUCCUGUCAAAUAUAUCUUAUCAAGGCCAGUCAUCUCGAGACACCUCGCGAAGUUGGCUAUUAUACUCCAACAAUAUGAUAUUAUAUAUAUCCCCCAAAAAGCAGUGAAGGGCCAAACAUUGGUAGAUUUCCUGGCUGAUCAUCCAGUUCCAUCAAAUUGGAAAUUAUGUGACGACUUACCUGAUGAGGAAGUAUUGUUUGUUGAAAGCAUGGAGCCUUGGUUCAUGUUCUUUGAUGGUGCGACACGAAGAAGUGGAGCUGGUGUCAGCAUUGUUUUCAUUUCUCCUGAGAAAUAUAUGUUGCCAUAUAGCUUCACACUCGGUGAGUUGUGUUCAAAUAAUGUUGUUGAGUACCAAGCCCUAAUCAUCGGCCUCCAAAUGGCUUCAGAAUUUGGGAUAAAGUACAUAGAAAUAUUCGGCGAUUCAAAGUUAAUCAUAAAUCAGCUCUCUUAUCAGUACGAGGUAAAGCAUCAAGACUUGAAGCCCUACUUUAGUUAUGCUAGAAGAUUGAUGGACAGAUUCGACAGCGUAAUAUUGGAGCAUAUACCGAGAUCAGAAAAUAAGAAAGCUGAUGCACUUGCAAAUUUGACCACUGCUUUAACAGUCUCGGAAGACAUACCAAUAAACAUUUCCCUUUGCCAAAAAUGGAUUGUGCCCUCGAUUGAAAGUCAAUACGAAGAAGCUGAUGUGAUAUCUGUGUAUGUAAUUGAUGAAGAAGAUUGGCACCAACCCAUUAUAGACUAUUUGGAGCAUGGAAAACUUCCCACCGGUCCUCGACAUCGAGCUGAAAUACGAAAAGAGGAAUCGACAAAGGCCUUAGAGGAAGCUCAUUCAGGUAUUUGUGGUGUCCAUCAGUCUGGUCUAAAGCUUCAAUAUCAGUUGAAAAGAAUGGCCACCAGAGCUGCUCCAUUCGACAAUAGCUUCAUGUCUUUUGAAGCUUGGGGACUCGACCUGGUUGAACCUAUCAUGCCUAAAUCAUUGGUUGGUCAUUCUUACAUCCUUGCAGGAACUGAUUAUUUUUCUAAAUGGGCUGAAGUCGUGCCAUUAAGAGAAGCAAAGAAGGAAAACAUUGUAAUUUUGUUCAGACACACAUCAUUUACGGAUAUGUACAAGUCUUCUAUGUACAAUGUCACAGCAAAUGGAUUGGUAGAAGCAUUCAACAAAACUUUGUGCAGCCUACUUAAAAAGGUGGUCUCCAAGGCAAAAAGAGAUUGGCAAGAAAAGAUUGGGGAAGCAUUGUGGGCCUACAGAACUACCCAUCGUACUUCUACAGGUGUUACACCGUAUUCCUUGGUUUAUGGCGUUGAAGUAGUACUCUCACUAGAAAGAGAAAUUUCUUCUUUAAGAAUGGCAUUUCAAGAAGGGCUAACUACUGAAGACAAUGCUAAAUUACGCCUUCAAGAGUUAGAAGCACUUGACGAAAAGAGACUGGAAGCUCAAUAA